GUGAGUGCCGCCACCAUGGCGGAUGGGACGCCCCGGCCCCCGCUCUAUCGCAGCGUCUCGUUCAAGCUAUUGGAGCGCUGGAGCGGCGGAUCCGGGCCGAGGGAGGAGGAAGACGCCGACACCCCCGGGCUGCGGCGCCGCGCCUCGUGCCGGCCCGCCACCACCGGCCCGGGCCAGCCCUCCCGGCGCGUGUCCAAGCUGGCGUCGGGGCCCCCGGCCGCCCCCGCGCAGCCGCGCCCGCUCCGCAGCCUCUCCCCGUCGGUGCGCCAGCUCUCUCGGCGCUUCGACGCGCCUCGUCUAGACUACGACGCAGCCGAGGCCUGGGACGGGGGCGUCUCCCCAGGAGCGGUGGAAGAAGCGGCCGAGGGCGCCGCGCGCGGGGCCUGGCCCAGCGUCACCGAGAUGCGCAAGCUUUUCGGCGGCCCUGGCUCCCGGAGGCCCAGCGCCGACUCCGAGGCCCCGGAGGCGCCCAGCCCCGACGGUGCAGCGUGGGAGCUCCAGAGUCGGGAGCCGCGGCAGCCACCGACGCCACCUCCUCGGACGUGCUUUCCCCUGGCGGGCCUGCGUUCAGGGCGGCCGCUGGCCGGGCCGGGUACCGAAGGAAGAAGGCGGCGGCAGCAGCUACAGGAACGGGCUCAGCGUCCGGCGGAUGGUUUACAUUCUUGGCAUAGCUUUUCCCUACCGCAGACCGGGGCUCGGGCCUCCUGCUCCUCCUCCUCCAUCGCCUCCUCUUAUCCUGUCAGCCUCAACCGGGCUGCCAGCUCCAGCGAAGAGGAAGAGGACCCCCCGCCGAAGACGACCAGGGCGCAGAGUCCCGCGUACCACGGUGGCCACUCUUCGGGCAGUGACGAGGACCGAAACGGUGAGGGCACCCGCCGCUGGGGAAGGAAACAGGGACCCAGACCUGGAAGCUCUCACUUGGGCCGAGAUAGCAGACCAAACCGUGAUGGGUUAAGUCUGGACAGCAUGGACUCUGUAGGGGGAGCCAGGAGCCCUGAGCCCCCAGCAUCUCCAAGAGCUCCUAGCGAGGAGGAAUCCCGGGUGUGGGGUGCUGACUCGCCACCCUGUACUCCAGGUCCUCAGGAAGGAUUGCGGUCCAAGUUUGACACUGUGGGGGGAACUUUCCGAGUGGCCAAGGUGAGCUUUCCUGCAUACCUGGCCAGCCCUGCAGGCUCUCGUGGCAGCAGUCGUUAUCCCAGCACAGAGACUCUCAAGGAUGAGGACCUGUGGUCUACCCGCGGUCCUGGAGGUUGGGGUGUAUACCGCUCCCCUAGCUUUGGAGCUGGGGAAGGGCUCCUCCUGCGGUCCCAAGCUCGAACUCGUACCAAGGGACCUGUGGGCACCACGAAGGUAUUGAGGGAUGGAGGAGGAUUAGAGCUGGACAAAACCAGGCAAAGGAAAUCCCUGUCAAACCCAGACAUUGCCUCUGAGACCCUGACACUGCUCAGUUUCCUACGUUCAGACCUUUCAGAGCUAAGGAUCCGCAAGGCUGGCCAGAGACCUGAGGACCCUGAGAGUGACCCCCUGGAUAGCAGAGACUCACCAGGAGCAAGUGGUCCUGUGGGACCACUUGGACCCAUGCCUGUUCCGGUUCCAGCAUCACCUGGCACCCGUCCCACACUCAAGGACUUAACGGCCACUUUGCGCAGGGCAAAGUCAUUUACCUGCUCUGAGAAGCCCACAGCCUGCCGUCUGCCCCGCACCAGUACUCUGAAGCCCAGCUCCUCCGAGCUCUUGCUGGUAGGCCCCACCGAGGAGGAUCUGUUGCCCCUUGUUGUCCAGGAUCAGUAUGUGCAGGAGGCGCGUCAGGUGUUUGAGAAGAUCCAGCGCAUGGGUGCCCAACAAGAUGAUGGAAACGAUGUCCCUCCUAGGAGCCCUGACUGGGCAGGAGACAUGACUGGGGGGCAGCGGUCUCAGGAGGAGCUCUCCGGCCCUGAGUCCAGUCUGACAGAUGAGGGAAUUGGGGCAGACCCUGAACCUCCUGUUUCAGCCUUUUGCAGCCUGGGUUCUACAGGGGUGUGGCGACCCCUUCCCUCAUCCUCUGCCCAGGCUAACCACCAUGGUUCUGGGGCAGAGGACAGUCUGGGUGGGUGGUCCCGUGUUUCCCCCGAGACCCCUCCCACACCAGGUACUCUCCGCCGGCGUCGCAAAGUGCCACCAUCAGGCCCUGGUGGGACUGAACUGAGCAAUGGGGAGGCAAGUGAGGCCUAUAGGUCUCUGAGUGACCCAAUUCCGCAGCGCCACCGGACUACCACCUCUGAGGAGCCUUCUGGGUUCUCUGUGGACAGCAACCUCUUGGGCUCACUGAGCCCCAAAUCAGGGCUUCCAGCAGCCCCAACUGUGGAUGAGGGCCUGACCAGUGGCCAUAGUGACUGGUCUAUGGGCAGUGAAGAGAGCAAGGGAUACCAGGAUGUUAUUCAGAGCAUUGUUCAGGGGCCUGGUGCCUUUGGGCGUGUGUUGGACGACAGGACUGCUGGCAAAGCCCCCAAGAAGAAAUCUCUGAGCGACCCUAGCCGCCGCGGGGAGCUGGCUGGGCCUGGAUUUGAGGGCCCUGGAGGGGAGCCCAUCCGAGAGGUCGAACCCACACUGCUUCCAUCCAGCAGUGAGCCCAUCCUUGCAGAGCAACGGGUAGAGCCCCAAGAGCCCAGUCCUGUUAGGGGCCGUACACAGUCUGAGAGGGCCCUACCUGAGGCCUCACCUGCCUCAUCCACUGCCCACUGUGACUUCCACCUUGACCCUAAGCUAACUGACAUUCUGUCCUCACGGCUCAUCCACCGAGGUACCAAGAAACGCCCGGCCCGGAGCAGUCACCAAGAAUUUCGGAGAGAGGAGGGCAAUCUAGACCAGGCUAGCAGCUUGUCUCGGGCCCGAUCCUCCUCCAAACAUGUUCGCCAUGCUAGUGUGCCUGCCACAUUCACACCAAUUGUGGUGCCAGAGCUGCCUACCUCUGUUGGCCCCCCUGUGGCUGUGCCUGAGCCCAUGGGCUUCCCUGCACCAAUUCACCCCACAUUGCAGGCACCCUCACUUGAGGAUGUCACCAAACAGUAUAUGCUAACCCUCCAUUCUGGUGAGGCCCCUGCCCCAGUGCCUGUGGACGUGCCCUCCUUGGCUCCGAUUGUACCGCCCUCUGCUGAGACCAAGCCCCCUGAGCCUGCCCGGGCUCCACAUGAGCCUGCCCCAGCCAGCAAAUGCUUCAGCAAACCACAAGUGGACAUGCGGAAGCACGUAACCAUGACCCUGCUGGACACAGAACAGUCGUAUGUGGAGUCGUUGCGCACCCUGAUGCAGGGAUACAUGCAGCCGCUGAAGCAGCCAGAGAACUCCGUUCUGUGUGACCCAUCACUGGUGGAUGAGAUCUUUGACCAGAUCCCCGAGCUCCUGCAACACCAUGAGCAGUUUCUGGAGCAGGUGCGGCACUGUGUGCAGACCUGGCACGCUCAGCAGAAGGUGGGAGAUCUGCUUGUCCAGUCGUUCUCUAAGGAUGUCCUGGUAGACAUCUACUCCGCCUAUAUUGAUAACUUCCUGAAUGCAAAGGAUGCUGUGCGUGUGGCUAAGGAAGCGAGACCUGCUUUUCUCAAGUUCUUGGAGCAAAGCAUGCGGGAGAACAAGGAGAAGCAGGCCCUGUCUGACCUCAUGAUCAAGCCUGUACAACGGAUUCCACGCUAUGAACUUCUGGUGAAGGACCUCCUGAAGCACACACCUGAGGACCACCCGGAUCACCCAUUCCUGCUGGACGCUCAGCGGAACAUCAAGCAGGUGGCUGAACGCAUCAACAAGGGUGUGCGCAGUGCCGAGGAGGCAGAACGGCACGCCCGUGUGCUACAGGAAAUUGAGUCUCACAUCGAGGGCAUGGAGGAUCUCCAGGUCCCUCUGCGGCGGUUCCUGAGGCAGGAGAUGGUCAUCGAAGUGAAGGCAGUUGGUGGCAAGAAGGACCGGUCCCUCUUCCUGUUCACGGACCUCCUUGUCUGCACCACCCUGAAGAGAAAGUCGGGCUCGCUGAGGCGUAGCUCCAUGAGCCUGUACACCGCGGCCAGCGUUAUCGACACGGCCAGCAAGUACAAGCUGCUGUGGAAACUGCCCUUGGAAGAUGCCGACAUCAUCAAAGGGGCAUCCCAAGCUACCAACCGGGAGAACAUCCAGAAGGCCAUCAGCCGCCUGGACGAGGACCUGACUACGGUGGGCCAAAUGAGCAAGCUCUCUGAGAGCAUCGGGUUCCCCCACCAGAGCCUGGACGACACGCUGCGGGACCUCUCGGCUGCCAUGCACCGGGACCUGUCGGAGAAGCAGGCUCUAUGCUAUGCUCUCUCCUUCCCACCUACCAAGCUGGAGCUGUGCACCACACGACCUGAGGGCACAGACUCCUUCAUCUUUGAGUUUCCCCAGCCCGAUGCCCGCCUUGGCUUCGAGCAGGCCUUCGAUGAGGCCAAGAGAAAGCUGGCAUCCAGUAAAAGCUGCCUAGACCCCGAGUUCCUGAAGGCCAUCCCCAUCAUGAAAACCCGCAGCGGCAUGCAGUUCUCCUGUGCGGCCCCCACCCUGAGCAGCUGUCCGGAGCCCGCACCCGAGGUGUGGGUGUGCAACAGCGACGGCUACGUGGGUCAGGUGUGCCUGCUGAGCCUGCGGGCUGAGCCCGACGUAGAAGCCUGCAUUGCCGUCUGCUCGGCCCGCAUCCUCUGCAUUGAGGCGGUGCCCGGCCUGCAGCAUCGCUGCAACCGGGAUCAACCUCCCUCACUGAGAAGCCCUCCUGAGGCUGCACUGGAGCCCUCUAGGCCGGAGCUGGAUACUGAGGCCGCCACGGAUGAGGAAGCUGCUGCCCUGGGGGAGUCUGGACCCGAGCCCUGUCUUCAUAUCUCCAUCGCGAGUUCAGGCCUGGAGAUGGCACCAGCGCCCGCUGAGGGGGACUCCCGCCCUGAGUUGGUGCCUUUUGACAGCGACUCAGAUGACGAGUCUUCACCCAGCCCCUCGGGGACCCUACAGAGCCAGGCCAGCCGCUCCACCAUCUCCUCCAGCUUUGGCAAUGAAGAGACCCCCAGCUCCAAGGAGGCCAUGGCAGAGACCACCAGCUCAGAGGAGGAGCAGGAGCCUGGAUUCCUGCCAUUGUCGGGCUCCUUCGGGCCUGGGGGUCCCUGCGGUACAAGCCCCAUGGAUGGACGAGCCCUUCGUCGCUCCAGCCGCGGUUCCUUCACCCGGGGCAGCCUCGAGGACCUGCUGAGCGUCGACCCUGAGGCCUACCAGAGCUCCGUGUGGCUGGGCACUGAGGAUGGCUGUGUCCACGUGUACCAGUCCUCGGAUAGCAUCCGUGAUCGCAGGAACAGCAUGAAGCUCCAGCAUGCAGCCGCUGUGACAUGUAUCCUGUAUCUGAAUAACCAGGUGUUUGUAUCUCUGGCCAAUGGAGAACUUGUAGUCUACCAGAGGGAAGCAGGUCGUUUCUGGGACCCCCAGAACUUCAAAUCAGUGACUCUGGGAGCUCAGGGGAGCCCCAUCACCAAGAUGGUGUCUGUGGGUGGGCGGCUGUGGUGUGGCUGUCAGAACCGAAUCCUUGUGCUGAGCCCCGACACACUGCAGCUGGAGCACACAUUUUACGUGGGGCAGGAUUCAAGCCGCAGCGUGUCUUGCAUGGUGGACUCCAGUUUGGGCGUGUGGGUGACGCUGAAAGGCAGUGCCCAUGUGUGUCUCUACCACCCAGAUACCUUUGAGCAGCUGGCAGAGGUAGACGUCACACCUCCUGUGCACAGGAUGCUAGCAGGCUCAGACGCCAUCAUCCGGCAGCACAAGGCUGCCUGCUUGCGGAUCACAGCGCUACUGGUGUGUGAAGAGCUGCUAUGGGUCGGCACCAGUGCAGGUGUCGUGCUUACCAUGCCCACCUCACCCAGUACCGUCAGCUGCCCACGAGCACCCCUCAGUCCUGCCGGCCUAGGCCAGGGACACACAGGCCACGUCCGCUUCCUGGCUGCAGUCCAACUGCCAGAUGGAUUCAAUUUGCUCUGCCCAACCCCACCACCUCCUCCACAUACAGGUCCCGAGAAGCUGCCAUCACUGGAGCACCAGGACUCCCCCCGACACCGAGGCCCCACUUCAGCCAGGCCUAAAAUGCUGGUUAUCAGUGGCGGUGAUGGCUUUGAGGACUUCCGACUCAGCAGUGGGGGUGGCAACAGCAGUGAGACUGUGGGCCGAGACGAUAGCACAAACCACCUCCUCCUGUGGAGGGUGUGA